CGACAUUUUUGUUUUAUUAAAAUGGCAGGUCUUUCGCAUAACGCUACAGACGAUUUAUUCGACUCAAUUAUAAUGGCAGACGACAGGUCCCCAUUCACUGCUGGGUGGACAGGGAGUGAGCCCCAGAUCCCCGUCUAGCCGAGGCUCGAACCAGGGACCGUUCGCUUAGCGGUCAAAUGCUCUAACCACUUGGCCACCUGCGCUCCAAUGGGGUUCCAUAUAGAUGGAUAUUGUGAAGGAUUUGAGGAAGGAACACAACAGGGAUUGAUUGAAGGCAGAAACCAUGGCAUGCUGCACGGUGCCAAACUCUCAGCUGAGGUUUCUUUUUAUCAUGGCUUUGCACUCACAUGGAAGUGUCUCCUACAAAACACUGAAGAUGUUAAAGCAAGGAAACGACUGAAAGCUGUUGAGUCUUUGGAUGCAAUGAUCCAGAAGUUUCCAUAUGAAGACCCACAGUAUGAGAACCUUCAGGAACACAUGGAAAGAGUGAGGGCCAAGUUUAGACAGGUGUGUUCUUUGCUCAGCGUGGCUGCAGAUUUCCGUGAGUAUGUGUCUGGAUCAGAAGGAAUGUCAUUCUGAAAGACUACAGAAGCGACCCCUGGUCUGAGGCGUCCUACUGCGGUGUGGAUCACGAGACAUCUUCGACUCAUCGAAGCGAGACAUGGUGCAGCUGUAGUGUAUAUGCAGAGUCAAGGCUUGUGAAGUGAACACUAGGACUGUUUUUUAUAGUAAAUUAAUGCUGUGGUGUUAAAGGUCAGCGCUUCUAUCAUGACCUCAUGGUAAAUGCCAGGAAAUGAGUCAGAAGAUGAUUCUUAGGAUCUUGAGUGAGGCCUUUUGAGAAGGUGGGUAUGUGCUGAUCUGUGAUCAGUUACUGGUUGACUUUGGCUUUCUGCUUGAAUUUUCGUGUGUGAGAGAGAGAGAACACCAUCUGGUGGUGAAGUUGGAGAAAACAGAGCCACCAUCAGACCUGCUUAUGUUAAUCGAUGCACAUCUCCAUCUGCUGGACCGACUCAGAACCAGAUGAUUAACGUUUUUCCCUUUUCAUCUUGCUUACUGAAUCAACACCUGUUAUACAGCAUUUCAGCUAUAUUUGCUUCAGAACUUUAAUAUUUUUGGAACUUAUUUUUUAACAGAAUACACAGAAAUGCUUGUGAA